UUUGUCCACCUCUCGUUUGAACCUGUCUGUCGACAUAUCAUGGUUCACGGCUGUCAGUAAACAUUCCUCUCGACGGUCCCCACCGCCCAUUCCUCUCAGUCUCCGAAAGCAGUCGUCAUGGCCCCUUGGCCUCAGGCCUGGACCGCCAGUCAUGCUACUGCCAGACCUUCCAGAUUGCGAUCCCUGCCUUUGAUCGCCUACCUCUCGCUACUCCUCGCCUCAACCAUCGCCAAUGCGCAAACUGUCGCUAUCCUACCUUCCACUGCCUCUGCCUCCUUUCCCUCAUGCGGCCUGACCUGCUUCGCCCUCCGUCAAGCCCAGCAAGAAUGCUUGCUCCCCGCUGAUUCACAAACGAAUUCCGCUACUGAUACGGAAUGCUUCUGUCAUUCGCAUAACCUCACCGAGCUUCAUACCUCCUCCGACUCGAUCUGCGACGAUACUUGCACCAACGCCUCCGAUCGCUCGUUAAUACAGACAUGGUACAGCAACUACUGCGCUCUCGAAGCUCCUCUCACCCAACCCGAAACGAAUGGUAAGGAGGAGGAAAAUUGGCAGGCCCAUUCCGCUCAAUCAGUCACCAAGAUUCGCGCAUACCGGAGAAAUGACGCUUCUCAGGCUUGGUGGUCAACACACUACAAAUGGGUGAUUAUGGUCAUCAUCCUAGUCGUCGGGUUCACCAUCAUCAGCGUGGUGGGCGUAUGGGCGAAGCGCCGCCAUGAUCGGAAGUACCCAGGCUUGUAUCACGCCGCAGCGACCGGUGGUACAGACAGCGCGUUGCUGGCCGCCCGCCAACAAGAGGCCAGUCCCUCACCGGGUCCUGAUCUCCGCGCUCCGGGUCAGUUCAUGCCCGGUCGCUACGACCCCGUGCAGAACCCGGAAUCUAUCGCUAGCAGCUCACGCACCAACGUCGCUGCUGCUGCUCCUGUUCCCGGGCCCCGACCCGCUCGCACGCCAUCCCGUCUGCAGAAGGCGCAGACCGUAUCUGAAGGUGACACCGAAAUCCGCGAAGUGGCUCGAUGAAACCAGAUCACGGGCCUCGUAUUUGAGCCCAAUUAGUCAUCCCGCGAAUCCUCUGUGUUCUGUCCAUUUGCCGUGACUUUCUUUUCAUUCAACGAUAGCAAAUCAUGGAUUCCAUCUUAUUCUUCGCUUUUUUCAACUCUUACGGCAAC